GACUUCGGAAGAAUGGAGAGUUGCUCUGCGGCGCAAUGGGCUUGUUGUUGUUGCUGCUAACGAAGUAGUAAUUUCUUGGUAAAACAUGGUUGACAAACUUUGAAAUUCGAUUUGGCGUCCAAAUGUUUACCUUGAAAGAUGGACACAUCGGUUACGGCAGUCAACAAUGCUAUACUGGAGGCACUGCAAAAAGCAGGUGAAGUUGGGCUUCACGUUGAUGACCUUGUAAAAUUGCUUGGCUUCAAUGAGAAGAAGCAGAUCUUGCCAAGGCUCUAUAAUCUGCAUGGCAGAAAGCUAAUUGAAAAGCUCAGUGGGCAAACAUGGAGAGUGAAAGUUGAAAAGAAAAUGGAUGAAGGCCAGGAAGAUACUGAUGAUCCUAUGACGUCAAAAACAGAGUUUCAAAAUGAACAAAAGCCUCAAACUGCCCAAUUUGCCUCAUACGAAGGAAACAGCAAAACUAUUUCGUAUAAAAAUAUCCUGCAAGAGUACUGCCAAAAGCAGUAUGUUCCGGUUCCUUCUUACCGAUCAGAGAAGACGGAUUUUGGCUUCCUAGGAAUUGUGUCAUUUGGAGCAGAACAAAUUAAGUCACGUGUUGCCAUGCCUUCCAUGAAAGAAACUGAGCAAAUGGUUGCCUUUGAGGCAUUAAAAAUCAUCAAAGUAUUACCAGAUGAUGCUAAAUACAAUGUACCAGCUCCAUUUAAUUUACCAUCCAGAAAACGGAAGCCGGUGCAGACCUUUCCCUCUGCAUCUCCAGCCAGCAAAAUUCAAAAUAUGCAACAACAGCAUUGUCUGUCUUGGAAAAAUUUACUUCAGGAGACUGCACAAAAGAAAAAUUUAAAAAUGCCUGAGUAUCAUGUCAGCAUUAAUGGGAAAAAUUUUGUAGCUACAGUGGAGUUCCAGGGUAGAACAUUCACAUCGAUUAGCUCAUUUGAUAAGAAAAAAUCGGCUGAACAGAAUGCUGCACUCGUAGCUUUGCAUGCUCUUGGUGUUGUCCAGACACCUCCUACUUCCAUGAUGGGAGAUGGUACAAAUUCAAGUGCAGAGACACCCAAUGGCACAAAGAUGCAAGGCAAUAAUAUGCCAAGUACUCCGCUGUGGAUGCCUUCUGGGUCUACGCAUGGCAGCCAGAAAAACCAGCCUAACGACAACUACAAGAACAGGUUGCAAGAAUGGGUCCAAAAGAAGCGUGCUGCUUUGCCUGAGUACAUAACCACUUACGAAUCACUUUGUGGUAGCACAGGAUUUGUUUGCAGAGUUUCUUUGGGCGGUAGAGUCUUCCAGGGCAAUUUGAAACAGUGCAAGAAGGACGCCGAAAAGGAUGCAGCGCGAGUUGCCAUGAUUUCUUUGGGCCUUAUUCCAAUCUAAUUUGAUUAAAGAUAGCAUCGUCAAGAUCUGGCUCCCAAAUAUUUGUGGCGAAGACUGAAUUCCUUGAGUGAAUGCAUUUUUGCCGCCCUUAACAUCACAGUUCAUGAUAUUGGGUUCGUUUGUUUAUUUGAAGUGAAAUAUUAUGCUAUAUGACUUCAAGAUCUAGGAUUACUCCAUCGUGACGCCGUAUAGAUUCCUUUUUUUAAAUUUCUGUUAGUUCCAAUUUAGCCAAAAAUCUUUAAUCUUUAUUAGUUAAUGUCGUAGAUAUUUAUCUCUACCACUUCAAUAUAAUUUCUUAAGGUUCCCAGUUUCCAGUUAUGAUGAUAAUGUAUCCAUGUCGAUGCUCUAAAUUCCUGUUAGUUCCAAUGUCAGCUAAAAUUAUCUUUAAUCUUCAUUGGUUUGCGUUCUCUUGAUUUUUCUCUGCCCCUCCAUUUGCCUUCAUAAUACUUUCUGAAGAAGAAGACACCAUAAUCAAAAGAAGAAACUCUAACUGACCUGUGGCUGUUUUGCUGCGUUGCUUGUCAGUUUUAGUAAUAUCCUCCAGCCCCGUUCUUUCUCCCUUAUCCGUUAACAGAGAACCCUGUUUUGAUGAAUUAGGAUCUGAUGAAUGUGAAAUCUAUUCUAUUCUUUGCGGAGAGUACAUGUCCUCAUCCUUCAUCUGCUCUCAUUGGGAGCCUCGUGCAAUCUUUAGACACAACAGACCGUUCCUCUUAUGGACUUUUUAUCCGAAAUAAUUAUUCCAGCUUUUUAAAACUCUUGUUAGUACGAUUGUUUAUCGACUGUUUUUGAUGUGCUUAGAGCGCCAUUGUCUUUUAACAUAUUGCUCAUCUCGAACUUGAUUUCUUUCAAGCAACAUAGCAUAGCAUUGUCCUUGUCACUUGUUACAAGGCAUUACAAUGUAUUUGUUUCUAUUCCAUGUGCUUUUAGUUGUAGUUAGUUCUUGUAUUUUUGUAAACAAUUAUUGUUUAAAACCUUGGAAGGAUAGAAACCAUCUAUUUUUAGAGGAAUCUCUAUUAUCACUAGCUUUUGGAAAAGUUUACCUAUGUAAGAUGUAGUGAAAGUAUUAGUAAAAAAUUAUCAAACCGUACUAUUUUCAAUUUGUGUCAAACAUUUCACGCCCUAACGGUAUACAGUGGCUGGGUAAAGGUCCCCUGAAGUUUCCCAACAAGUAUCCCAAGCUUAAAAUAUGUCCGUUUCUUUCAUGAAACAUUUUCAUGAAAAAAUAUACUGAAACCAAUUUUUUUUUAAAAUCGGAAAGAAAAAACGUUUGCCUCUUGAUUAUGUUAUCCAAGAAGAAUGUAUAAAAACUGUAUAAAUAUUCAGGGAACUUUCCUUUUGAAGUGCCAAAUAGUUUUGAGAAUCUAAAUCGUGGCGACGUUUUCGUUGUAAUAUUUCGUGUUCGUCUACACAGCCAAGUAGUGAAUUUAUUGCUUCUUGCGUUAGUUUUACAGGAUAAUUCUACUGCAAUUGAAAUUCGAGGUUUUUCGAGAAAACACCCAAUACAGUCAAAUGAAGAAGCUUUGGUAUCAUUAUAAUCAAAUCUGUAAGAAUUGAAAGAAAAUAUUGAAGAAGGUUGACUUUCAAUAAAGGAGACUUUGCUAACCUACAUAUAGAAUUGAUCCUUUUGUUGUACUCUGUUGUGCUCCACCCUUAUGAACUCCCCAGCGUUUCACUUGGAAUGUCCGUUAACAAAUCUGAAUCGUCACGAGACUCACUUUCAUAGAGUCAUCUACAUAAACUCCCAUAUGGAUACUCAUUGCACGUUCAGCUGUUGGAACAUUUCCCUUAGGUGAUGUUGCUUCCACAUUUAUCUAGAAUUGGCGUCCUGUAAACUUCGCCUUGCAUAAAAGAUGGUGUGCGUAGAUGUAUUCGAAUACAAGCGUUAUGUUGCAUUUUAAAUAAAUUUUACUUCUUUCGCUUUCGUUUCAAUACAUGAAACAAUCAAACACAGAGACUUGUUUGCAGCCGUUACAACGCAACAGUUACUUGCGGAAAAGGUUUUCCUGUUAUAUAAAGUCCUUAUCCGACUAGAAUCAACGACAGACUCGAACAAACAUGUAAGUCAUUUGACAUAGAUUCUGUAUAUUGACAUAUAAGUUAACUGGCUUAUCGUUGUUGGUUAUGUAUCUUAUGAUUGGGCGAUUUCAGCUAUGGAACUUAUGUCUCGCAAAUCUUGUUUCUACAAAGGCGUGGACUUUCGUUUGACGUCCAAAUGUGGGUCUUUCCUACUUACU